AUGACUUCCAUCAUAAAAUUACACUGUCUUUCCGGAGCUGGUGAUGAAUCUCCACCCUGUUACGUUCUUCAAAUAGAUGAAUUUAAAUUUCUUCUAGAUUGCGGUUGGGACGAAAAAUUUGAUAUAGAUUUUAUAAAAGAGUUGAAAAGGCAUGUCAAUAGUAUUGAUGCAGUCCUUCUUUCUCACUCGGAUCCUCUUCACCUUGGUGCCUUACCAUUUGCAGUUGGUCAACUUGGCCUCAACUGUCCAAUAUAUGCUACUCUUCCUGUGUACAAGAUGGGUCAAAUGUUUAUGUAUGAUUUGUACCAGUCACAUCGGAAUGUAUCAGAUUUUGAUUUGUUCACACUGGAUGAUGUUGAUGCAGCUUUUGAUAGAAUUACACAGUUAAAAUACAAUCAGAGUGUUGAUAUGAAAGGUAAAGGGCAUGGACUGAGAAUUACCCCCAUACCUGCAGGGCACUCUCUUGGUGGAACGGUAUGGCGUAUAGUGGCACCGGGCGAAGAAGAUAUAGUGUAUGCACCAGACUUCAAUCAUAAGAAAGAACGGCAUCUUAAUGGCUGCGAAAUUGAGAAAAUAAUGAGACCGUCUUUGCUUUUGCUUGGUGCAGCAAAUGCUGAUUAUGUGCAACAGAGACGGAGAAUGAGGGAUGAGAAGCUUAUGACAACAAUACUUAGCACUCUCCGCGGUGGAGGCUGCGUUUUGGUGUGCACGGACACGGCUGGCCGAGUACUGGAGCUGGCUCACAUGCUGGACCAACUCUGGCGCAACAAGGACUCAGGACUCGUUGCAUACUCACUCCUCCUGCUCUCCAAUGUUAGCUACAAUGUCCUCGAGUUUGCCAAGUCACAGGUCAAAUGGAUGAGCGACAAACUAACACGCGCUUUCGAAGGCGCUCGUAGUAACCCAUUCGCUCUCCGCCAUUUGCAACUUUGCCAUUCGGUGGUGGAGGUCACAAGAACACCGGGACCAAAGGUGGUUCUCGCUUCAUUCCCCGAUCUAGAGGUCGGUUUUGCGAGGGACCUGUUUCUGCUUUGGGCGCCCAACCAUUUGAACUCCAUUGUUUUGACAGCUAGAACAUCACCAGGUACAUUAGCUCGGGAUCUUAUAGAGAAAGGCGGGGAUCGUACUAUUGAACUAACUGUGAAACGUAGAGUGAGACUUGAGGGUGCUGAGUUGGAAGACUUUCUGCAGCAGCAAAGAAUAAAGAUAAAUAACAGUAUUAAAGAAGAAGCUGGAGGUGUCUCCUCUGACUCGGAGUCAGAAGGGGAAUUGGAAAUGUAUGUAGUGACAGGGAGGCACGAUAUACCAGUCCGUCACGAUACCAGACCCACCGGCUGCUUUAAGAGCAACAAGCGGCACCACGCUAUGUACCCAUUCCAUGAAGAACGCACCAGGUCCGAUGAUUACGGGGAAAUAAUACGGCCGGAAGACUACAGGUUAGCGGAAAUAGUUGAUGCGGAAGGAGAGAUCCGAGAUGUUCCGCCAGCGCCUCCGCCAAAGCAAGAGCCUGACGAGGAGAUGUUGGAGAUCCCGAGUAAAUGCGUGACGUCGGUGCGUCAGGUGGCGGUCCGCGCCAGCGUGCAGUACAUCGAGCUGGAGGGGCGCUGCGACGGCGAGUCGCUGCUGCGGCUCGUGGCGCACGCCAAGCCGCGGGCCGUGGUCGCACUGCGAGCGCGCCCGCACGCAGUACACACGCUCAGUAAACACUGCGAAAGUGAGGGCAUAGAAAAGGUAUUCACGCCCAACAAGGGCGAAACUAUCGACGCGACUACGGAGUCCCAUAUUUAUCAGGUGAAGCUGACGGACGCGCUGGUGAGCGGGCUGGCGUGGCGCGCGGCGGGCGACGCCGAGCUGGCCUGGCUGUCCGCCGUCGUGGCCGAGCGCGCGCGCCCAAGGGACGCCGACACAGAAGAGCGUGCGGACGACGAACUGAUGUCGCUGGAGCCCACGCGUGGGGAGCGCGGCACCGCCCACUGCGCGUCCUUCAUCAACUCCGUGCGUCUGUCGGAGCUGCGAGCACAUCUCGCGCGCCUCGGCCUUAACGCAGAGUUCAGCGGCGGUGCGCUCGAGUGCUGCAACGGCACCAUCGCCAUACGCAGGUUGGAGAACGGGCGUGUAGCGUUGGAAGGCGUGUUGUCCGAAGAAUAUUACAAAGUGAGAGAACUGCUCUACGAUCAGUUUGCUAUAGUUUAA